GAUUCUGCGAGUUUAUGACACCAACAAUGUUCAGGCUACAGUGACACAUGACAUUCAGGUAGAAAUGCAGGGUCUCAUUCACUAUUUGCCAUUACUGUUGGCAGAGUUGCAGUCAAAAUCAGUUCCUAAAUCUGCAACAGUGACUACUCCAUUUGAUUGUGUCAUGGUUUCUGGAGUCCCACAACAAAUUAAUGGUGGUGAUUGUGGUUUCCUCAUGUUAAAGAUUGCUGAAGUGAUGCAAAUGGGAUUUCCAAUCAGUUCAAUUUGUCCGAAGAAGAUUCCUGAUUACCGUGCGAAGUGGGCCUACAGUCUUUAUGUUUAUGGGUGUAAAAAGGCGAAAAGAAAAAUUCAGUUCUAGUCUUUGUUUCAUCAUUUUCAAACUAAUUCUAUGUUUGCC